UGAGUUUUGUCGGCAGUUAAUAGAUGAAUACGACAGGGCUAACAAAUAAGCAUGGGUGAGACGAUCGAGGGGCAAAGUUGCUUUUUCUCCGUGCAAGGAUGGAGAUUUUUCUAACUUUUCGACGAGAACGAAGGAUGGCGGUCGACGCCUAAACACCCGUACCCGCAUUUCUUCCCUGCAAUCAACGCGCUCCUCUCGAGGGUGCUCCCUGCGUUUCAGAAUAAUGAGAAUAUUGCACUUCCGAAAUAUUCCAUUCCGAUAUUCUCGUUUCCGACUGUCAUGAUGGCGGACCCGUUUGAAGUUCGUAUGCGGUUCACCACCAUGCUCCAGCAUAUGAGCGCAUCUUUUACUUCGUCGCAGAAGGCAGCGAACUAUGCUCUCAAAUACCGUGACAUGGGGGAAGACCUCCAUUCUUGUAUACUGGAGCAAUUAGAAAGAAAUAAUAUGAACAUCCGCGCCAAUUUAAUAUACUUUGUCGAGCAUCUCUGUGACACGGCCACCAAAGAGAAUCACAUUGAGUUUGUUCGAAUGAUACAACGCGACAUACUACGGAUAGUUGACGCAGUUGCACCCGCGGACGGGUCCGGCGCUGCCAAUGUGAAGCAUGUGAGACGUGUGCUAAAUGGGUUACAAUCGAAAGAGAUCCUAUCCACAGAAGCCGUGUCAGAAAUAGACGCAUGUCUUCGAGAACGGGAAAGCUACCCUGAGCAUCUUCUUGAUUCGAAAGCAGUAGAUGGGGAACUGGCGUCUGGCGAUAUAACGAGGUCAGGGGGAAUCACGGUUGAUAGGAAGCAGAUCGAGCAGAGGGUUGAGGAGGAUCGGGAGAGAAAUAAGCGGUUACGAGAGAAUAUGUGGGCCGUUCCGCCUAAUGAUAUAAAAGAAUUUGAGAUGAUGUGGGAAGAUGUCAGUGACAUCGGUGAAGAUGACUAUCUACAGGCUGCUGAAGAAGCUGAGGAGCGGAGAAGAGCUGGGGACGCUUCGGGUCUCUUGAAUUAGCGGCUGACAGCGUUGGUGCAUUUAACGGCGUUUCUCUCUCUCUGGCUGCAAUCUAUAUGUCGCUUGGAAGGUAGGCCUCAGCGAUAAAAAGCAAACACUAGUUCAAUGUUUGGUUGUCGAUUGGAAUACAGGUGCAAAUCGGCGUGGGAGGCGUUCUACGAAACUUCAUUUUCUCGGAAGACCCAAGGAAUAUAGCUAUAUAUCCAUUCACAUUGCGAAUCUAACUGUCUAUCUAUCUA